AUGGGGGAUUGGAACUUAUUAGGGAGUAUCUUAGAAGAGGUCCACAUCCAUUCCACCAUUGUGGGGAAGAUCUGGCUCACCAUCCUCUUCAUUUUCCGGAUGCUUGUGCUCGGUGUUGCAGCCGAGGACGUCUGGGAUGAUGAGCAGAGCGAGUUUGUUUGCAACACGGAGCAACCGGGCUGCAAGAACGUCUGCUACGACCAGGCCUUCCCCAUCUCCCUCAUCCGCUACUGGGUCCUUCAGAUCAUCUUCGUGUCCUCUCCGUCUCUGGUCUACAUGGGUCAUGCCUUAUACCGUCUGAGGACCCUUGAGAAAGAGAGGCACAAGAAAAAAGCCUGUCUGAAAGCCGAGCUGGAGGGGACAGACCCCAUCCAGGAGGACCAUAAAAGAAUUGAGCGAGAGCUCAGGAAACUAGAUGAACAGAAGAAAGUAAGGAAGGCUCCCCUCAGAGGCUCCUUGCUGCGUACAUAUGUUUUCCAUAUCUUGACUAGAUCUGUGGUGGAGGUGGGUUUCAUUAUAGGUCAGUGUGCUCUGUACGGCAUCAGGCUUUCUCCUCUCUACAAAUGUGAGAGGUUACCUUGCCCCAACAGUGUGGACUGUUUUGUGUCACGACCAACAGAGAAGAACAUCUUCAUGAUCUUCAUGCUGGUGAUCGCUGGAGUUUCUUUAUUUCUCAACCUCCUGGAGAUUUUCCACCUGGGGGUGAAGAAGAUCAAACAAAGCUUGUACGGAUACAAAUAUGGAGACGAUGACAGUGUGUACAGGUCAAAGAAAAACUCCAUGGUGCAGCAGGUUUGCGUGCUCACCAACUCCUCACCACAGAGGUUGAUGCAGCUCACACAUAUGACCUGCUCUAUUGUGCCUGAUAAUCAAGGGGAAACUCCGCCUUUGAAUUUGCCCCCGAUGGCCCCUCAGAAUCAGGGGCAGUCCAAUAGUUCCAAUCAGCAGCCUGCACAGAGCCACGCUGACAUCCAGGGUCUGCAGCAGCUGGGGGCUGUGGACCGACGCUACACUCUGGAGAGCAGGAAACCCUCAUGCAGCAGCGAUGAGUCAAACGGACCUCAUGGCUCAGGCCAACCGCAGUACACGGGACCUCGACCCACGCUGAUGGCCGGCCACAUGGAGAUCCCAGCAGCCCUGAAGAACCCGCAGAGGAAGCAGAGCAGAGUCAGUAUUUGUAAGGAGCUCAGUGACAUGAGUGAUUCUCCCGAGAGCGACCACUACCCCACAGCCAGAAAGUGCAGUUUUAUGUCCAGAGGAAUGUCAGAGGGAAAGCUGGCCACUCCUUUUGACAGUGCCGACUCUCAGAGUGGAACAGACACCGAGGCCCAGCACCUCAACCAGGGAGAGAGUCCAGUGAUGACCCCGCCGCCUCCAGCCGGUGGGAGGAGGAUGUCCAUGAGUAUGAUUCUGGAGCUGUCUUCAAUCAUGAAAAAGUAAACUGAAGAUGACUGUUUUGGGACCAAGCCAGAGACAUAAGUCAUAAUGCGACUGAAGGAUCCUGAUCGCAAAGCAAAUCUCAUCCUGUCUCUCAACUGCAACUUUAUGUUUUCACAGUUUAUACAGUAUGUAUUGUGCAUGAACAAAAGCUUCGGUUAAAUAUGUCAACACGUCAUUCCACAGACAAAAGAUGCUUAAUAAUUUGCUUCAGGUUCUGUACCAAUGAUAUCUCCAGCAUCUUUUAUAC